CCAGUCAGUGCGCGACUCGUCGUUGUUGCGACGGUUGGCGAGGCGAGAGUGGUGUUUUUUUUCUCCGUACGUGCCCGUUUUUUCUUGGUCUCUCUCUGGGAUCCGACUCCCGGCGGAAAGGGAAUUAUGCUCGUGGCGAAUCGUCGCGACCAUCGUCGACGACGUGCUGGCUUGUGCUACGCGGACGAACGCUCCGCGAGAGCGUAGACAUAGAAUAGAAAUACACACACGAACACACAGGCGCGCAAACGACGCGAAGAGCCGACGGGAUUUUCUUUUUCUCUCUCUUCACGUCGGAAACGAGCCCAAGAGGAGCGCCGACAAGUACGACCGAAAGGAUCAUAGGUACCCGGUGUGUUCCGCUGAUUGUCCUACGCUCGACAGCACUCUCUGCCAUCCGAUAUACCCUGGACGAAGGCUGUUCGACGACUCUCGGCGUCCCACGGAUAAAUGGAAUAAAGUGUGUCACAGCAGUGUUCAGUGAUCGCGCGUGAUUUAUAUAUAUAUAUCUCUGUAUAUCUAUAUAAUUCGCUCGCGGGAAAAUCUACGGGUGUAACGUACCCGGCGACCAGUGUAUGUAUUCAGUGCGACAGACAGACCAGUGAACACGCGAGUUUAACACCCUCGUUUUUCUUGCCCCCUAUUAUUUUUGUUGAUCUCCUCCUGGUUUCCGUUGCUUUUCUCAACCCCCGUCGCGUUCCGAUAUAUCGCACACACGUGAAACCGAAUUGCCUGGUUCUACGACUUCUUCUCUCUCUCUCUCUCUCUCCGACGCCAAGGAUUACGCAUAAUAAUUCGACACGCACACGUACCUCGGCCGGCACACGCACACACGCACACCGGGCAGCCGUGUCCGAGGAUCGGGAGAGUAUAAAGGGUGCGACGGUGCGUGUGUUACGUGGUUCACAGUGGGCUAUGCAGCCUCGCGAAAUCAACGCGAGGAGGUAACGCCGACGAGCGCACACACACCAGGGCACCACGGUCCACACACACGCAGAUCCGCCGUCGACAACGCACCGGCGGCGCGUAAACAUCGGGAACCGAACCAACCACCAAAUAUGUGGACCACGAUGCUCGUGUGGACGGUCGCCGUCGUGCUCCUGCCGGCACCCCGAACGGUAAACGCCUCGGGGGUGUUCGAGCUGAGGCUGAAGUCGUUCGUGAACGAGUACGGGAAGGACAGUCUGGGUAAGUGCUGCUCGGGCAGCACGUCCAAGACCGGCGAGUGCUCGGGCGUCUGCAAGACCAGGUUCAGGGUGUGCCUGAAGCAGUAUCAGGUGAAGAUCGACACGACGACGCCGUGCACGUACGGCGACGUCGUCACACCCGUCCUCGGCGAGAACAUCGUUAACCUGAGCCCGAACGUCGCCAUGCCGAGCUUCACCAACCCCAUCAGGUUCCCGUUCGAGUUCACGUGGCCGGGCACCUUCUCGUUAAUAGUGGAGGCUUAUCACGACGCAGACAACACGACACACCACUCAUCCGAGAAGGUGCUGAUAACGAGGCUGACCACCCAGAAGUGGCUGGACGUCGGUCCGAACUGGACCGAGGACGAGUACAGGAGCGCCCACUCGAAGAUGGUGUACGAGUACCGGGUGACCUGCGUGGCCCACUAUUACGGGAAGGGCUGCGAGAACCUCUGCAGGCCGAGGGACGACAAUUUCGGCCAUUACAGCUGCAGCCCGACCGGCGAGAGGGUUUGUCUCUCCGGAUGGAAGGGCGACUACUGCAAUACCCCCCGCUGUCUGCCCGGAUGCGACGAGCAGCACGGACACUGCAGCCGACCCGACGAGUGCAUGUGAGUACCAC